AUGGCAUCCUCGAAGACUUUUCUUCUUCUUGGCCUUGUGUGUGUUGUUCUCAUCCUCAUCGUCUCCGAGGCCUCAGCUCGUGAGCUAGCUGAAACUACUACUCAAAUUAAUCAAAAUGGUGCCUAUGAGAGAAGUGGACGUGGUGGCUACAAUCGUGGAGGGCAAGGUACCUAUGGACGUCGUGUCUACAACCGUGGAGGAAAAGGUAGUCACGGACGUCAGCGAGACCCCUACAGUCGAGGAGGGAAAGGAUAUGGUCGAGACCAUGGCCACUAUGAAAGACCAGGACCUGGAACUGCUGAGACUGAAACAAAGAAUUAG